CGAUGUGCCUGCGCCUGUGACCAAGUGUGCGUGCGCUAGUGUGUGUGUGUGUGUCUGUGUGUGUUUAUGUGCGUGUAAACGUUGCCCGCGGACGGGAAAUGGACCACAUCGCCGAGGUGGCGGCCGGGAUCGCGUACAUCCCGGCCGGGAUCAUCUACGGCUAUCUGCUGCUGCUGCCGACCGCCACCGACAAGCUGACCGCCUGCCUGUACGAGGAAACGUACUACUGGCCGCACAUCAUCGCGAUCGUCGCGAUGCUGAUCACGGUCGUGCUGACCAACGGGCUCAAGCUCAACUAUCGCAAGACGCAGUUCAUCCAUCUGUACCUGCAGCUCGCCGCCACCGCGUUUGCCCUCACCGCCGGGCUCGUCUUCCUGCUGGUCGAGGAUGUCGUGCCGGCGAUCUAUCUCGGCGCCAUCGCGCUCGGCCUGAUGCUCGUGCCGGGGCUGAGCUACCUGCACAUCCGGGCCCGGGCCCGCCACCGCGCCCUGCUCAUGUGCCUGUGCACGGUCUGGUUGCUGGCGGGCGUCGCCACGACCGCCACGAUCGCGGAGCUGGCCUCGGUCGGUGCGGCCGGCGAGGAGCGGCUGCACCAGAACGUGGCGAUCGCGCUACUGGCCGCCAGCACGCUGCAGCUCGUGCUGAUCGGGCUGGUCGAGCUGCUGCAGCGCGAGUCGAUCGUCGACUACCGGCGCCCGCUCGACUACGACACGGCGAUGGCCCACGACAGCGGCCGGCUGCUCAACCCGGACCGGCGCUCGUUCGCCCCGUACGCCCAGUUCGGGCGGGCGGCGCCGGCCCUCGGCAAGGGCAUGGCCGCCGCCGGCACCGGCUGGUCGACCGAGCGCAUCGUCGGCGGGGGGCAGCAGGCCGGCGAGCCGGGCUGCCGCUACCGGACGCUCUGGACGGUGUACGCGGUCGGCACCAAGCUGGUCGGGCUGCUCGCCUUCUACUGGGUGCUGCUGGUGUCCGGCAUCGCCGCCAGCCGGACGGUGCUGGAGCGGGAGGACGUCGGCUACCUGCCCUUCUGGCUGCUGGUCGGGGGCGCCCUGCUCACCACCCUGCUCGCGCUCCGGCUCGCCCCCAAGACGGCGUUCGUCGGCGCGUCCGUCCUGUACGUGGUGGCGCUCGUGCUCUCGGUCGCGUUCUACUGCGCCGAUCUGGUCGAGCUCGAGUACGGCAUCUCGAUGCUGCUGUUCUUCGCCUUUCUCGGCGCCGCCCUGCCCCUGCCCGCCAUCAGCAUCCUCGAGCUGGCGCCGCUGAACUGCAACGAGGCGGCGCUGGCCCUCGGCACGGCGCUGGAGCUGCUGGCGGUCGCGCUGCUCCAGUACUACGGCGUCACCAUGGGCGACGCGCUGUUCGGGGUGGAGCAGCCGGCCGGCGGCGGCGACCCGGUGCCCGCCAGCGACCACAAGGGCGUCAUUGCCGCCCACUACAUUACCGCGAUCGUGCUGGGGGUGGUCGCGGCCGUCGCCACCCUCUGGCACGUGCCGAACACGGGCCGCAAGUCGCUGGCGGAGAUCGAGUCCGACCUGGCCCGGAUGCGGUCGUACUUUGCGUUCAGCCGGCGCCAUCUCGCCUCGCCAGCGCCCGCAGCGCCGGCCGCCACUGCCACCGCCCUCGACGAGACGAUGGUGCCGCCGCCGCCCCGGGACGCCCUCGCCGUCGGCGCACCGCACCACGCCACCAACGGACGGCUCGCGGACGACGCACUGGAGGAGCUGCCGGUGCCGCCCGAGCAGCAGCUGAGCGCGCGCAACGCGGCCCGCUUCGCCGCCCUCUACCCCGACUCGCCCGAUCCGCGCAACGGCUCGUACGGCAGCCCCGCCAGCCACAGCCCCAACGGGCGCAGCCGCAGCCCCUACAACGACUUCGAUCGGCACUACAGCCCCCACCAGCACCAGGACGCGGUCCAGCUGCAGGACGCGCUGCGCCGCCAGCACGAGGCCAACUAUCUGAACGCCCGGCUGCUGCUGCAGCAGCAGCGGGCCGCCAGCGGCUCCCCGACCGGCUCCGGGCGGGCCCUCACGCCCGAAACCAUCCAGCCGCUGCCGCUGCUGCCGGUCCCGCUGGCCGGGCGGGCAGGGCCUGGCCAGCGGCCCGAGCCGCCCCUCGGCUCGCUCACGGUCAAGUCCGAGCCGGGCACGAUGCUGCGGCCCGCCCUGCACACGCAGAAAAGCGACGCGCCGGCCCCGCCGCCCAUGCCGCCCGCCGACUACCUCACCAAAUCGCUGCCGCGCGUCAAGGCGGUCCGGCAGUCGCGCAUACCGCCGAUCGUGCCGAAGCCGGAACCGCCGGCCGAGGUCGUCGUGCCGGGCGUCGAGUACUCGCACAACCUCGUGCCGAGCCAGUUCCUGCGCCAGUCGCUCCAAAACUCGCAGCUCUUCCGCUAACACACCCACACACCCACCCACACAUCCUCUCCCUGUUUUAGGUUCGUAAGUCCUUCGGUGAGCUUCGGUUGCAAUAAAUCUAAAUCGAACUAUG